UGACGCUGGUUUUUGUUAGAAUUGAAAGGAAAUUUUAAUAACGACUUGCCUUCAGAAUUGUCAGAUUUAUGAACUUGUGACAAUGAACUUUGUUUGUUCAACAGUGCCUCUGAAAUGACUUUGAUUGCCUACGAUAUCUCUUGAAUAGGAUGCAGGAUGUGGUCGACUACGAGCGGCGCCGGUUGACGAAAUGGCCCUAGCUUGACCUUCAAGUAAGCGCUUUAACUACUGGUACACUAUAUCAUUACACUGCCUUAAAGUUCUUCAUACCAUGCCAUGAGGUGAAUCGCAGAAGGCAGCCAACUAUGGCGAACAAUUCCCUUUUCUUCGUCAUCUUUACGUUGUCACUUUGGACGAUCAAAUGUAACAACUCUACGUCCAAAACGGAUAUCUAUAUCGGGGGAUUUUUCGGCGUCAAUAUCAAAAAAGGGGCUUGGAGCUCAGCAGCCCUCAUACCAAUCUUAGAAAUGGCACUGGAACACGUAAACAGCGACCCGCGCAUUUUAGUGGACUAUGAGCUGAAAUAUGUGUGGAACGAUUCCGAGUGUGAAAGUGGAUCAGGUAUAAGAGCUAUGCUCCAGAUGAUUGACACUCCUCCGCACAAGAUUGUUUUCCUGGGUCCCGGAUGUUCCGUAGCAACAGUUCCUGUUGCAGAGGCUGCCCCGUACUGGCAGGCAGUGCAGAUCGGUUACAGCACAUCAUCACCACAAUUUUCAGACAAGGAGAAGUUUCCUUUGUACUUUAGAACGAGCACUUCUGAAACAAUGGAGAACCCGUCUAGAGUUGCACUGUUAAAGCACUUUAAGUGGAAAAAAGUUGGCCUCAUUGUACAAAACUUGGAUAUUUACGUAUUGACCAAAGAGGCACUCAUUCCAAUGUUGGAGGAAUCAAACAUAACCAUAAUUGCAGCAGAGAGCUUCAAAAAUGAUCCAUCUUCGACAGUCAAGUAUUUACUCAAGGAGAGAGACGCGAGAAUCAUAAUUGGUUUAAUGUACGAAGACAUGUUCAGGAAAGCUAUGUGCACGGCCUACAAGGAAAAAGUAUACGGCAGAAAAUACGUGUGGAUCAUAGUUGGCUGGUACAACGACGACUGGUGGACAAAAACAGAUGUGGAAUGCGAAGGGCAUCAAAUGUUAGCGGCUGCUGGUAGUUUGAUAGAAACUCUACCUUUACCCAUAGGUGCUUCACAAGAACCCACAAUAUCAAAUAGGACUGCAGCUGAACUUAAAAUAGAAUACGAGGAAAGACUUAAAAUGUUUAACUACACAUACAACAUGUAUGCAGCUUUUACCUAUGACGCCGCUUGGAGUAUUGCCCUCAUGCUUAACAAAUCCAUUCCUCUGCUUCGAGAAAAGAACAAAACCUUGGAAACGCUGAAAUAUAAAGAUAAAGAAGUAGCUGAGAUCAUGCGCGACAUUCUGUUCCUUACAGACUUCUGGGGAAUGUCGGGUCAUGUGACGUUCGACCGAAAGUAUGACAGAGAGACGGUGGUGCAAAUUUCUCAAAAUAUACGGGGAAAAAGGAAAAGUGUUGCUAUGUUGGAUAUCCGUAACGGAUCAUUAAUUCUUCUUAACGACAGUUUUGAAUGGGAAGGUGGCCGUGUACCAGGAGAUGGUGUCACAGUUAUCCAAAAAGUGUUCCAAGAGAGCUCCAGUACAACGGUGACUUUUUACGUGUUAACCUGUGCUGGAGUGCUGUUCUGUUUACUUUGUUUACUACUCAACUUUGUUUAUCGAAAGCACAGGUUUAUAAAAAUGUCCUCUCCAAAGUUUAACAAUAUCACCGUCGCUGGGUGUCUACUGUCCUACACUGAAGUGUUUUUAACAGCUUACAGUAACUCUUCAUGGGCAGAGUACGAUACCUCGCUGUGUUAUAUAAAUGUUUGGCUGCUGACUACUGGUUUCACCCUGGCAUUUGGGGGAAUCUUGGUCAAGACUUGGAGAGUUUACAAAAUAUUUACAAACAAUCAGAUGAAAAGAGAGCUCGGAAAGCUGAGCAACACCAGUCUUUUCUUGAGGUUAUGUGCUUGCUGGUUUGUAGACGUUAUAAUUCUGUCAACAUGGGCAGCUAUUGAUCCACUGACGAUUCAACUCAAGAUGAUUGACGAGGAGGCUGAAGAUAAUGACGAUGACGUCAAGGAGGAGUUGCUGAAUCAUCAAUGCACUUCCAAGUAUUACAUGACGUGGGUGAUGUCCAUCUGCGGAUUCAAAGGGAUCCUAUUAAUUUUUGGUGUUUUCCUGGCUUGGGAGACAAGAAAUGUUACCUAUCCUUCACUGAACGACUCCAAGAACAUUGGUUUAGCAGUCUACAAUGUAUUUAUGUUUUCGUGCUUAGCUAUUGUAACUGAAUUCGUGGUGACCUAUCCGCCCCUUCAAAUUUUGGUUGGAAGAUGUAUCGUGUUGGUGGGGACCACGUCGACAAUUUCUCUGUUAUUUGUACCAAAAAUUCUUCGCCUGUGGAAAAAGAAUCAGAUAGAUUUAAUGUCUGUUACAGACCCAAGCCGGAGUGAAACACGUGGGGUGACUAAUUCUGAAAUGCGAAUAGAGACGCACAAGAGCACAAAUUAGAUCUCUUGCUGAGAUUCUUCAGUGAAGACCCGCGACGAAGUGAAAUAGAUAAAGAACGGCUUCGUCAAUCAGGAAUAGUUCGACAGUUCUUCCCGCCUCACUUGACCAGGAAUUUCAACUAUGAAAUUGCUUAAUUUAGAACAGCUCGAUGUGUCGAACAAAAUCCAUUAAUCAUUCUAAACUAUUUGGAAAAAGUUUUCCAGGAAAAGCAUAGGAAACAGCUAUGACGGCUAAUCAAAGUUGAUGCUCGUUGAAUCAGCAAGUCAAAGUACUUUUUUUCGAAUUUGGGUCGGUCCAAAUUUGAAUUACCUUUUAGUCUGGCGUCUAAAUCGAGCCUCAUUAAGGAAGGCAGAGGAUAAUUGGAGAACAAUUAACAGUUAUCAACGCGUACCAAUAAAAACAACAGCUGAGACACCACUUUGUUUUAGCUGGAGAUAAGGCAUGUGACAUUAAAGUGAUAAGCAAUUAAAGUUUCAAAUAAACUCUUUCAUAAAAAUAAUUGGGAUAUCUCAGUUUUAAAACAACAAAUUGUCCGAGAACCGAAACCAGACAACACUCCGUCCCUAAGUCUGACUCUAUCCGUACUGAUGCUUUCCUUUUUGUCUUGGGUUAGUUUCUCACUAAUUCCUACCAUCUCAAUUUCGAAAUUUGUACAAGGGUUUUCCUAGAUGUAUUGUUUGUAUAUGCACUGUGAGAAUUUCACAAAAACAAAAUCAUCAUCCCCAAAAUUGU